AGAGAAGAUGAUGAAACAUUUGAUAUGUUGCUGUGGGUGUGUGAAGGAAAGAGAGACUAGCACAACGCCACCAUUGGACACCUGUCAGCGCAGGUGGACGGACUUACGGAUGGAUAUCUGAGGUUUAACUGAAGGCUUCCUCAUUCACACUUUGGACUUUUUUUAACACAUCAAGACCGUCCAUUUUUUACUUUAAGCAUAAAGAUUUUAAUGAGAAGAUUUUGUUUGCUAUUGUCAUCAGCUGAUGUAUGGAUUUUAUUCAAUUCCAGUAUCAUCUAAAGCGUGAAAACUGUUGGUGAAGGAAGACUUCCCAUCUGUUAAUCUCAGACUGAAAGCUUGAAGAGUUUGUUAGUGUGGCUGUUUCUGGGAUACCCAUCUCCAGAUAAGCUGUUGGAUCAUGGCAGAUUUCCCGUCCAAGGUUACUACGGAGACCAGCGCCCCCAACUCCCAGAGCUCCCAGCAAAGGGGAAACAGCCUCCGAAGUUUGGCUGCUAAUGUCACCACCAAGAUGGACAUGUCCUUUGUUCGAAGCAUCCCAGCUAUCCUCACGAUGGCUGAAAUAGUCCUGGGUUUGCUCCACUGGGCUCUGAUUGCCAGCACACCUUACACGGUUGUGCCAGCGUACGGCUGGGUGAUGUUUGUGGCCGUCACUCUGUGGCUCAUCACCACCGUCGUCUUCUUUCUGAUCCUGUUCAGCGUCCAUCGACAGCUGGCCGUCAUCCCCUGGCCGCUGACGAUGAUGGUGUAUAACGGUGUUGCUGCAUUGCUGUAUCUCACAGCUUUCUUGGCCAAUGCUGCAACUGUGAAGUACUUCGGUUAUUUCUUCGGACAUAUAGGAGCCGCUGCUUUCUUUGGCGCUGUGGUGACCCUGCUGUACGGCGCCAGCACUUUCUUCUCUUACUUGGACUGGAGGGAUGAUGGAGGGAAUGCUGCGACCAGCACAGUGCCGGCCUAGGACCCAGCGUAGCCCGUGAUGCUGCUCUGGGAGCAACAUUUCAGUGUUUAAUGUGACUUUUUACACAGUCUCCUUUAACUAUAACCACUAACCCAAACCUGAUUUCAGCUGAACUCCAGUAUUAACAAGGUGAAGCCCGUUCCAGAAAUGUCCUCCUGUUUGUUAUUCCUAAUAGCACCAUAAGAAUACAGGAAGCCUGCAUUCAUAAUUCUAAGUAAGAGUUAUGGCAGUUUCCCAAAAUUCACAGUUUUUUAAAGAUUUGUUCAUGUCUAUGGAGCCACUUUGCUUUGCACAGCAUGGUGAUUGACCAGAAGAGUUAACAAAACCUCUCUUAAAAGGCACAUCUAAAGCUUUUAAAGUUGCAUCUUAAUGCAGAAUUGUAAGUUUGAUGUCCUACUAGAGUUUGUGUGCUGGACUGUUUUAAUGUGUGGCCCAGUUGCUGUUACUCCCUGGAGUCUUCCCUGCCAAGGAAAACUUGGAAACACUGCAACAUGUUUUGUUCUUUGCCUUUUGUGCAGAUUAGAUCAAUGAGGGGUGCCCAGUCUAGUCUUUGGUGAGGCUAACUGGUUGCUGAUCACUAGAAAGGUACAAAUAUUCACAAUUAAAGGGAUAUCCCAACAUUUUGGGAACAGUUAUUUGCCACCAACUCCGGAGCAAAUGCACCUGCCCAAGAAGUGCUGCUUUGCCAAAUAAAGUUAAUUAAAUGUUCAUAAGAUUUUUUCUCUCGUUUAACAGUUAUGUCUAAACAAAGCAAAUGAAUGAGUCACAACAUGGAAAUAAAAACAUUAGGGUUAUUCAGGGGUUAUUGGAUGAACAGAGAAAAGAAAAGCACAAGUAUCAAACUCUGGACUUAAUGGUCAGCAAGCUAAUUCCAAAUUUUGGUGUAUCCCUUAAACUUGUUGCGAGAUCAUAUUUUGAUAUUUUCCCAAAUUAGUAGGUACUCCUUUAGUGUAAGUUCCUUCAAAUAAUGAAGUAAUAAUUUAAGUGUAUACUACAGUUUCUAAGGGGCAUUAAGUCACUGGACACUGGUUAGAAGGGUUGUGUUAUUGUUUAGUCUGCUAUAAACAUCACAUGCGCACCAGGAAAUGAGACACUUGUUCAUCUAAAUCCUGAGAGGAGCAGCACGUCUCUCAAAUUUCACUAAAGUCAAUAUUGAAAACUUGAAUGUUGAACUUUUCUCAAGUGGACAUCUAUCCACCAAAUCAGAGAAAAUUAUGAAACACAAUCAUUCGAUGUUUAUUCUGUACUUUUUGUUUGUAUGACAUGUUACCUCCUCAGCAGUUUAUGAUAAAUAUAUUUCUUGACAUGGUCUUCAUAUGUUCCCCUUUCUCCCAGACAGAUACCACUCCAUCACAGGAAUAACAAGUUUGCAUUAUAUAUAUAUAUAUAUAUAUAUAUAUAUAUAUAUAUAUAUAUAUAUAUAUAUAUAUAUAUAUUCAUUAGUGGAUUUACUAAAUACUGCUCAGCUCCAGUUUUACUGUAAUGUGCCUUUAUUAAAAAAAUAUUUCUCUUUUUGUAUCAUGAAUUUGAUAUAAAGGAUAAAUGCAAGGACUCUACCGUGCAUUUCUAAUAAAGUUCAGAGACGUUUCAA